GCGGCGAUUGCGACAAUGCUCUGCGAGGGCGUUGUCCUGCCCCAUAGCUUGGGCGUUGGCGGUGGCUUCAUGGCCACCAUUUACUCCAAGGAGACGGGCCAGAUGGAGUCGCUGAUUGCACGUGAAACAGCUCCAGCGGCGGCCACACAGGACAUGUUUGUGGACCAUGAUCAUAUCACGGGCGCCCUGUCCUGUGCUGUACCCAGUGAGAUUUAUGGCUAUUGGCGAUUGCACGAAAAAUAUGGCAAGCUGCCCUGGUCACGCCUCUUUCGGCCCACCAUAGAGAUGUGUCGUCGGGGAAUAUUAGUGUCUAGAUAUUUAGCAAAUGUCCUGGCCAACAAUGAGGAGGCUAUACGCAAUGAGGACUCCAUGUCAGAGAUAUUCAUAAAUCCCGCCACGAACAAUCCCUACAAGCAGGGCGAGAUCAUGUACCGUCGCGUUCUCGCCGAUACACUAGAGAUUGUCGCCAGCGAGGGGCCGGAGGUAAUCUAUCGGGGCGGACGAAUUGGCCGCAAGCUCGUCCAGGAUAUUAAGUCGUUGGGUGGCAUUGUGACCGAACAGGAUCUGAAGGAUUACGAUGUGCGUUGGGAGCGUACGCUGCGUGCUCGAUUUGAUAAUGGACACACACUGUACACAUCGCCGUUGCCAAGCAGUGGAGCAGUGCUGACAUUUAUGCUGAACGUAAUGGAACCCUUAUAUACGAGCAGCAGGGAUAAAUAUUAUCAUCGACUGAUGGAGACGUUUAAGCAUGCGUAUGGACAUCGAACCAAUUUGGGUGACAUGCACUAUGAGCCGUCGGUGAUGGAAACCUAUGAGAAUUUGAUCGAUCCAGAUUUUGCGGCAGAGAUACGUAAACUUAUACUGGAUGAUCGCACGUUCGAGGAUAUGUCGUAUUAUGGCGCGAAUUUCAGCAAUGUUGAGGAUCAUGGCACGGCGCAUAUCUCAGUGCUGGCGCCCAAUGGUGAUGCCAUCUCGGUGACCAGCACUAUUAACGGGCAUCUGGGGGCGAAGGUGAGAUCUCGCCAGACUGGCAUCAUAUUGAACGAUGAGAUGGAUGAUUUCUCCACGCCGGGAAAGGUUAAUGCUUAUGGCAUACCGGCCAGUCCGGCCAAUUACAUUCAACCCGGCAAGCGUCCGAUGUCUUCGACAUGUCCGAGCAUCAUUCUCGAUGAUGCGGGCAAUGUGGCCUUGGUUAUCGGCGGUGCUGGUGGCUCACGUAUCACCACAUCCGUGGCGCAAACCAUUCUACGGUAUUUCGUGCUUCGCGAACCCAUUCAGGAGGCUGUCAAUGGUGGGCGUUUGCACCAUCAGUUGGCCCCGAUGUAUGUUGACUCGGAGCCGGAGGUGCCAAACCAUACGAUCAACUAUCUUGAGAGCGUUGGCCACAGGGUCGAAUUUCUGCAGAAGAACAGGGCACACUCGGCUCUAACGGCCAUUGGGUAUAUGGAUACGGAACCGCAACCUGUCUGCGAUCAUCGACGCAUCGGUAGCGCGGUUGUUGUAGAGCUAACCGACGACUAA